AUGGGUGCAUGUGGAAGUACCGAGAGCGGCGGAGAGGAUACAGAGCAGAAGAAAAGAAGCCAAGCCAUUGACCGCAAACUCGAGGAAGACUCGAGAAGAUUACGGCGAGAAUGCAAGAUCCUGCUACUCGGCUCGGGCGAGAGUGGCAAGUCGACAAUUGUUAAGCAGAUGAAGAUUAUCCACCAGAAUGGGUACACAGAGGAAGAAAGGGCGCUAUAUCGCCUGACCGUUUACAAGAAUCUCAUUGACUGCAUGAAAUCGCUCAUCGCCGCCAUGCAGCAGUUCGAGAUCGAACCUGAAGGGCAAGAAGUCAAAGACUACAUUGCUUACAUAGAGGACUAUAAUGUCGACCCCGACCCAGACAGCAGUCUUGACCCUAAAGCCGCCGACGCGGUCGAAGCGAUCUGGAGUGACCCUGCAGCGAGUAAGACCAUGGAACGACAGAGCGAGUUCUACCUCAUGGACUCGGCGUCAUAUUUCUUCGAUGAAGUCCGACGACUAGCGGCUCCUGAUUAUACCCCCAAUGAAGCAGAUGUGUUGCGAGCCCGAACAAAGACAACGGGUAUCUACGAGACCAGAUUUACCAUGGGGCAACUGAGCAUACACAUGUUCGACGUCGGUGGUCAGCGAAGCGAACGCAAGAAAUGGAUUCACUGCUUCGAGAAUGUAACAUCGAUCAUUUUCUGUGUGGCGCUAAGCGAGUAUGAUCAAGUGUUGCUAGAGGAAGCCAACCAGAAUCGAAUGAUGGAGAGUCUUGUCUUGUUUGAUUCAGUCGUCAAUUCGAGGUGGUUUAUGAGGACGAGUAUAAUCCUCUUCCUUAACAAAGUCGAUCUGUUCAAAGAGAAGCUCGGACGGUCGCCUCUAGGAAAUUACUUCCCCGACUAUUCAGGCGGUAACGAUGUGAACCGCGCCGCCAAAUACCUGUUAUGGCGGUUCAACCAAGUUAAUCGGGCGCAACUCAAUCUGUACCCUCACCUGACACAAGCCACCGACACAACCAAUAUUCGGCUGGUCUUUGCGGCGGUCAAGGAAACGAUUUUGCAGAACGCCCUCAAGGAUUCAGGCAUCUUAUGA